AUGAGGGCUAUUUGGUUAUUGCUAUUCGUUCUAAGUCCAGGAAAUCCCGAGCCUUUGGAAUGUAUCGACAACCAGGCAGAGGUUGGCAGAUGCCUUCGUCCUCUGUUAGACGUAUGGGAGGCGAUUAGGGAAGCCGAAUAUGAUGUUCAGAACCUUCUAUUCCCGGUGCCCUUCUAUUCCAAAAAAGCCAUUCAUCGCCUCUGUGCCUCCUACAUAAGCUCCAUGGACAACUGCUCCGAACAGCCAUCUGUGAUGAAAUGUAAAGAGAAUCCUCUCAUGAUGUUCGUCGAGAGCCAUUUGAAGUUCUUUUGCGGAAGCUACGGACCUGCCUAUCUUGGUAAGAUGGAAUACUGUUUUUGCUAUAAAUUUCAAUUCGUGCCCUUACAUAUAUGCACAAUGAAUAGAUGA